ACUUAGGUGUUUUUCUUUACCGAAUUCAAUUUCAUUCGGGAUUACUCAUCUGACUAUUUCCAAUAUUGCAUUGUAAUCGGUUUAUUGAUUAGUAAUCAUUUUUAGUCGCUACUUAUAGACCGUAAAGUAGUCGUUUCUCGUCUAUUUUAUAUACAAAAAAAGUAAUUUUUUUGAUUAAAAUUGUUUGGUAAGUUGGGCAUAACUUUAUUUUACAAACUAGAAAAACUUUUAUAAAGGAUAUCUUCUGGGCUAUUUCAAUUGGGUGUCUUUCCAAGUUUUAUUGUUGGAAGUUUGGUUCCCUUUAUUGUUAAACACCCAAUGUUUUCCAAUUCGUUACUGAAUCGUGAUACUACAUCUCUGUCAAUUUAUUCCAUAUAUUCCUAUUUGUUACGCCUUUGACGGCUUCUGUCAUUUCGUCUAAAUUUAUUUUCAAUAUAUAUUUUUUUAAAGGCCUCUUUAGCGUGGUAAUGUGCAUUUUCAUCUUCGAUUUUGAUUGAACAGUAAUACAGUAUCUUAAUUAUAUGUAGCCUGGGUAUACAAAGAAUGGAAAAUACGAACAAACAUAAAAUUUAAAUAGCUAACAAAUAUUAAUGUUCCAUUAAAUUAGACAGCACCAGAAUCAAAAAUAACAGUUACGGAUCUGUUAAAUUAGCAAAUCUUGGAUCUGAUAAUCCCCUCCUAAUAACAUGACACAUGACAUUCCUGACAGUGCUUCCACAACGUUUGACAUUCGUACAAUGUAUUAAUAGAAUCCAAAAUUUUUAAAAUUGUUAAUUUUUGUUUACGUAUUGAAAGUUAAGAUUUACGAAAAUGCGAUACGUUUUGAGUUACAUUUUUAGUGUUCUAGUUACAUCGGCAUUAAUAAUUUUUGGGCUCUAUUACUUACUUACUGGAAAAGGGGAGCAAAUAAGUAUAGCAUGGUUCCUAUUGAAUGUAUCUCCCCAUAUGUGGGCUUCUCUUGGAAUUGGUUUGGCAGUAUCUUUAUCAGUUGUAGGAGCAGCAGCAGGAAUUCACACCACUGGAGUCAGUAUAGUGGGUGCUGGAGUAAAAGCACCUAGGAUUAAAACCAAAAAUUUAAUUUCCAUUAUUUUUUGUGAAGCUGUAGCUAUUUAUGGCUUGAUAAUGGCUAUUGUAUUGUGUGGUAGUUGGAAGAACUUCGAUGUUACUGAAUUCUUCAGCAAUGCACAAGUAUUUUCCCAGAAUCAUUAUGGAUCCCAUGUUAUUUUUGGAUCAGGUUUAACUGUUGGAUUUGUAAAUCUAGUCUGUGGAUUUUGUGUGGGGCAAGUAGGAUCUGGAGCAGCAAUUUCAGAUGCAGCCAAUUCGUCAUUAUUUGUUAAAAUCCUGAUUAUUGAAAUUUUUGGAAGUGCUAUUGGGUUGUUUGGCCUAAUUGUUGGGGUGUAUUUGACCUCCAGAGGCUCAAUGGUUUAGUUUUAAAAGAAACACAUAAUUUGUGAAUAUUGUGAUCCAUCAACAUAUUUAAGUAACGGUAUAUUCCAACAAAAAGCGUGUUUAGAAGAUGCAAUCUGUCAAGCCCCCUGUUGUCAUUGUAAUAUUUAAAAAUAUAUAUAUGUAUAUACAGUUAUCUCAUUAGGUGAAACCUCUACCUUUAUAUUUCAUUUCAGUUAUCACAUUCCUGUUAAGUUUUUCUGUUAAUGUGUUUAAUCAUUUUACUUUUUGAUCAAAGUGAAAAAAUGUAAUUCCAAUAUGGUAGUAUUAUUAAAAAAAAGGAUCAAACUAUAAAAUUAUUUCUUUGGUGUUGAAUACUGCAAAAUAUAGAUGAAAUCUUUCAACUCUAUUGAAUAUAUUUACAGAAUCCUCCAUGCACAAUGUAUAAAAUUAUUGGUGAGUUGGUGGAUUUUUAUGUCCGUUUGUAAAAUAGUACCUAAUACAGUAGAAUCAAUAAAAUUUAUCUAGUUGAUUAUUAGAAA